AAAGUUCCUUUCGAUGCCAACGUAGAAUGAUAUUGAGGAAAACGUUGGGUUAAUUUAGACUUGACGUGUUUGUCCGGACAUAUAGCAAAGAUAUUGCCGUUGGUUUUUAAAAAGGAAAACUUUGAAGAGUGUGUGCUUGGGAGAGUUUCCAGAUAUAGCAAAUAUGAACCCAGAAUACGAUUACUUAUUUAAACUUCUGUUGAUUGGCGAUUCUGGUGUUGGCAAAUCCUGUCUUCUACUUCGAUUUGCGGAUGACACCUACACGGAGAGCUAUAUAAGUACGAUUGGUGUUGAUUUCAAAAUCAGAACAAUUGAUUUAGAUGGAAAAACAAUAAAGCUUCAGAUUUGGGACACUGCGGGGCAAGAGAGAUUUAGGACAAUCACUUCUAGCUAUUACAGAGGUGCACAUGGAAUUAUUAUUGUCUAUGAUGUCACUGAUCAGGAGUCCUUCCAAAAUGUCAAACAGUGGUUACAAGAAAUUGACAGAUACGCAUGUGAAAGUGUGAACAAAUUGCUAGUUGGAAAUAAAUGCGACCUGACCACAAAGAAAGUUGUUGAUUACACCACUGCCAAGGAAUUUGCAGAUUCAUUGGGAAUACCAUUCCUAGAAACCAGUGCAAAAAAUGCAACAAACGUUGAACAGGCUUUCAUGACAAUGGCUGCAGAAAUCAAAAGUAGAAUGGGACCACCACAGACGGCAGCUGAUACCCAAAAGAAAGUCAAUAUAAACUCUAGUAGUCCUGUGAAUAAACCAAGUGGUGGUUGUUGUUAAAUUAGAUGCGUCUUAGAUUUCUAAUGUUUGGCCAGAAGAGCUUCUCCUAAUUUCAUAGCUGAUCCUUUGGUGAUGUGAUAGUAAAAAUCAGUAUUCUACUCUAGCACAAAUAAAUGCAGCAAAACCAUGCAUGUAGGCUGUACAGCAUUCAUAUAACAAUUUGGCAUUAUAAAGACUUCAUGUCAGUUAUGCUGACUACUGUGAGCAGUUUUAUGUUUUGUUUUGUUGGCAGAGGUAUGGGAAUUUUUUUCACUUUUUCGCAAAAAUUCAUUUAAAGUGUAAAGAGAACUGUAUGUAUCUUUAAACAGGGCAAUUUAGAAUUGAUUUAAUGUUACAUAAUCUUCAUUGUUCAUCAUGUAGCCCUUCAUUUCUGAUGAAAUCUUUGAAUCCUUUAUGCUUUGUUUAUUUCUAAACUAUAAACACAACCAUUUUGUAAAUUGCCAAGAGCGCUAAUUUUCUCAAUGUGAUAAAGACUUUUAACGAUGGAGGCCAUUUUGUUCUAAGUGAAUGUUCCUACAAUAAGACUAAAUGUACCUGACUUUCUUAACUUACAGGUGCAUCAUUUCAAUAACAGUGCUUAAAGGUUAUUAGGAAAUAGUGUAGCUUAUUUAGGAGGAGGUGUUUUGAAAGUUUUUUAAUUUUCUUGUUAUUAUAACUUCACAUGGAGGAUUAUUUUGGCUUAUAUUUUAAAAUGAUUCAAAUGUCAUAAUGUUGAAGGCUGGCACGAUAGUAAGGUACUGUGCUGCAAUUGGAUGCCAUUUAAUAUCUAAAUGACAAAGAUGGAUCAAGAGGUAUUAACCACUGCAUGAUUGUCUACUUUUCCUAAUAUUGAAACAGUUACAUUAUUAAUAUUAAUUAUUAUAAGUUGUUUGUGUAACUUCAAAGGCAAUUGUAAUUCUCAAUGUAUGAUUAUGGAUUUUGCAUAAAACCCCUAUAUUAAAUGUGCUUGCAUUAAUGCUAGUGAUAUCCAUAUGAGGCUGGAA